AUGUUCUCUGAGGCUUCGUCCCAGUAUACAGAGACCGGCUCAAUCACCUAUCAGGUUUACGCCCGGAGGAAGACCCGUGUCACUCGGGGCGGGUCGCCUGGGAGCAGUAGUCGAUGCGAAAGUCUACACGAGGCGAUCACAGACUCCAAGGUUUUAUCGUUCGUCGUCAAUCCCAGUGGCAAGCAGGUGGGAGAAUAUCAGAUCGAAGAUGGAUUUUCCCUCAAAACCAUGCACGACGCUGUGAGAGAGUCACGUCGUGUUGUGCAGGAACAGCAUGGCGACGUGUACGACCAUCUUGGUAGCGUGCCUCCGGAGUGGACACAACUGGACAAGCAUGAUGAGGAGACCCAACAUGAACAGCACAAGAACGACGACGUCCUCUGGGUCAACAAUGUUUGCGAUCUCUACUUUGCCAAAGUCAAUAUGGCUGCCUGUCAGGUACGCAAAAGUGCAUCAGGAUAUGGCGAGAUUCUUCAGGAGGUUUGUAACGCGCUGGCUCAAGACACCGAUCUGAGGGACUUUUUCGUCCAGUACGAUCCUGAAAGGCCGAACUGGGGUGUCACCUGCUUGGCUUGGUGCAUUCACCUCUCUGUCCGAGGUGAUGACUUUCGGCGGAAACGACUCACUCUCGGUUUGAUCGAGGGACUUGGAAAGUACAUCAGGGUUUCCGCAGAGAGACAACAGGAAGAAGGGACCGAAAUGAGUCUUAAUGUCACGACCGAUUCCGCAAUCAGCUCUCUUCAGCCAUCCUCCACGAUCGGAGAGGCUGUUCCUGCCAGGUCUGGCGUUAUGUUGAACACCGCAAUGGUCAAUGAUGACCCAUUGAAGGCAUGGCUCAGCAUCGUGGCCAACGAAUUCAAGCAGACAAACGCUGCUAAGAAUCUGAGGGGAAUUCCUAGCAAGGGAGAUGAUCCGACCAAGGAGGCUGUAUACCAGCUUCUUUCACACAAGGACGACGAUCGAAGGGAACCUUUCAGUGGCGAGUAUGAGGACGGUCCCGAUACGAGAGAGAUCAUAAUCAUGGCUUAUGCUAUUCGAAGUGGAAGCAAAAUUUUUCCUGUGUCGGAGAAGUCGAAACAUGAAGCGCUAUCCCUCGCGCAAUCAAGCGCGUUCGAGACGAUUGGACAUCGUAGCGGCGACUGUCCGCUCCAGAGUUUCGUAGAUCACUGA